AUGCCAUUUAGAAGUGAAAAAAUGUUAUUUUGCACCAAGCUGUCUGAGUCAAGUAAUGUUUCCGAAAAAAUUGAUCUUCAAGCAGCAAAUGUUGAUAGAGUUAUCAAACAAAUUAAUAGCACAUUCAAACUAGACACUUCAGAGAUUUUAUUGACUUCUGCAAAAUCGGGAUUAAAUGUUGAUAAACUAUUGCCAAAAGUAAUUGAACAAGUACCACAACCAAGUGGUGAUAUAAACAAGCCAUUGAAAGCAUUUUUAUUUGAUUCAUGGUAUGAUACUUAUGUUGGAGUUAUUUCUCUCAUGUCAAUUGUUGAUGGAAGGUUACAAAAAGGUGAUAGAAUAGUAUCAGCUUAUUCAAAUAAUAAAUAUGAAGUUUUGGAUAUUGGAAUCAUGCAUUCUGGACAGGUUGGAUAUGUUAUAUGUGGUAUGAAGGCUGCUAGUGAAGCUCAUAUUGGUGAUACAUUUUAUCAUGACAAAAUUCCUGUAGAUCCAUUGCCUGGAUUUGAACCUGCAAAACCAAUGGUUUUUGCAGGUAUAUUUCCUGUAGAUACUAAUGAAUUCAAUAAAUUAGAUGAGUCUAUAACAAAAUUGACUAUUAAUGAUGCGAGCGUUUCUAUUCAAAAAGAAACAAGUAUGGCUUUAGGACAAGGUUGGAGAAUAGGAUUUUUGGGUACAUUACACAUGGAUGUAUUUAGACAAAGACUAGAAGAAGAAUAUGGUGCAAAUAUAAUAAUAACCCAACCAACUGUACCUUAUAAAGUUGUUUAUAAAGAUGGGAAAGAGAGUUUUGUUCAGAAUCCAACGGAAUUUCCUGAUUCUGUAGAUUUACAAUAUAAGAUUUUAGAAUUUCAAGAGCCAAUGACAAAAAGAGGUGAACAACAAGAAUAUAAUUAUCUUGAUGAGUCCCGUGUGAUGAUGAAAUAUGAAAUUCCACUUGCAGAAAUUGUAAUAGAUUUUCAUGAUGAAUUGAAAUCAAGAUCAAGUGGUUAUGCAAGUUUUGAUUAUGAAGAUAUGGGAUAUCAGAAAUCCGAUAUUGUUAAGAUGGAUGUCUUGCUUAAUAAAAAACCGGUGGAUGCAUUAGCAGCAAUUAUGCAUAGAUCGCAAGUUAAUCGUGUUGCAAAAAGAAGGCAAAAAGAGGAUGAAAAUGGUUGGUGA